GUGGAUUGGAUUUUAGUGUGAGCUCUUCUUCUUCUGUUAUAGGGAAAAAAGGAACAAAAGUGGUUAGGCAUAGCCUAGAGAGACAGUGAGUUGGUUUGGUAGAGAGGUGAGAGCAGUUGUGUGUGAUGAGAAUGACUGUAUAUAUCUUAUUCCAUGGACUGUACUGCCAUUUUAUUUUGGGUGGCUAUUAAACACACAGUAUCCAGAGAAUCUCUAUAGCAGAGAGAGAGAACAUAAAAUAGUAAAAAAAAACACUAAUAAUAAUUAAACCGGAAAUGGAUAAUCACAAUAAUAACAAACAAGCUGGCGGUGGUGGUGGUAAUAGCCGAGGGAGGAAAAAUAAACUGCAUCACCUCCACCAAUUACAACAACAGCAACAAAACUUGGCUAAUUUGGGGGGAUUAAUGGAAUUGGCUAGACAGCAACAACAACAACAGAGUGGGGGUGGUGGUGGUGGUGGGAAUAAUAAUAAUAAUGCAGCUGCCGGUGCUUUGGCGGAAUUGUUUGCUGCACACCAACAAGCAGCCCAAGUCCAAGCCGCUCAACAACAGCAUCACCAAUUAACUCAGUCAUCCAGCAGUGGGGGUGGAAAUCCAUUGUCUUUGUUACAGCAGCAAAUGAAUGCCAUAAUGCAGCAGCAACCCGGAGUGGGAGGAGGUGGGGGUGGAGGAGCUGGUGGACAACGGGCGCAGUCCCCACAACAGCAACAAUUUGCGAAUAAUCCAGCUGCUGCUUGGUGGUAUUUGGAAUACCUAAGUCGAAUCCAAGCAGCUCAAAUGAUUCCAAAUUUGGAAGAUUCUACACCGACCCCAAAUCCAACUCCACCUUCAAAGAAGAAACGUCCCCCUGCAGCUCAAGCUUCUUCCCAUCACCAAAAUCAACAGCAAUCCCAUCACCUCCCUUCUUCGUUACCCCCUCUGCCACCUCCACCACAGAAAAUAGAAUCAAAACGAGCCUCAACUAGUUCUAAUAGUGCUAGUAAAAGGAGCCGUACAUCUCAGCAACCGCACCCACAAGAUCACGCCCCUUCAUCGUCCUCAUCGUCAAUAGCUGAUCCUCUCAACUUGUCAAAAAUAUUAUCAAAUAAAAAAUUGCCCAGAUCAAUGCCAACUCCAAUAUUACCAACGAAUAAUCCUCCGUCAAGUAGUUCGUCCAAUACAACAACUACUGGUACACCCAACCAACCCCCCCAAGCACAUUCUACCCCGAUAAAUCUAUCCACUCAAAAAUUAACCUCGACCAACAAAGAACCUCCUCCAGCUCAUCAAGUAGCAAAACCAGUCCAUUAUACUCACAUGAUCCCAAAGCUCCCUCAAAUUGGUUUGAUUGGACGAAAACCAGAUUCCACAAAGAAAAAGAAAACGGUUGCGAGUUUGUUGGCUCAAUCGAGAUCACCGAAUCCAGUAUUGGAUGUCAAAGAGAUUAGCUACCGACCAUGGUUAGUAGAAGACAACAAACUAAUCAUCCCAAGUGUGGUCAACAACAGUAAAAAAGAUCCACCCGAUUUUACGCUUCCCCUCAGAAUGGGAUGGAAAAGAGAAACGAUUGUCAAAAAUACGGAUUUUAAAGUCGUUUAUGAAGGAAACAUCUUUUACAUUACUCCGCAAGGAGUUAAGUGCAAAUCGAUAAAUGAGAUAAAGAAGUGCUUAAACCAACGAACGGCCGAAUUGACCCCACGCCAUUUCACAUUCAAUACCAAUCUCCUAAUUGGAUCUUAUACUUUUGACAUCGACGGUGAAAAGAUAACUCUGCCGGAUUCAGAUCUAAAAGAAGGCCAUAUUCUCAAAAAGUUGACAAGUCUCAAGGAAGAGCAAUCUUUGAAAAAAGAACAAACUCGACUUCGUCUUCUCCACGAGGAAAAAGAAAAAAUUGAUCGUGAGAGAAAACGCCAACAUGGAAUCGUUAUAAAAAAUUUGGAAAUAUUAAAGAAAUCCAAACGUCGCAUUAAGCAACAACAAGAGAAAAAAUUAAAAAAGUUGAAAGAGUUGGAAGAGGAACCAGUAGCAAAAUUAGAUUUUGUGGAUGAGUUGGCUAAUAACUCAACGAUAGAUUUGAAAUUAUUAAACAAAUUGGAAACAUGCUUGGAACCAGGAGCAUUCAGUAAUUUAUUGCAAAUUUAUGAAUUCCUCAACACCUUUGGCGAAACUUUGGGAUUCGAUAUGGAUUCUUUACCAGAUUUAGAAUCAUUACUUAAAGGGUUCAUUAAUCAACAAGAAAAUGAAGAAGAAUUGCAAUCAAUUCUCAUUCAUUUAAUUGUGUGUGCAGUAGAAGAUCCGGGGAUGCCCAACCCAACGAAGCAUAUGACCACAUUUAACCAAACGUUGAAACAAGCGGAUGUAAAUUUUGGUAGUUUAUCAGAAAUUCUUCGUAUUUAUCUUGAAGGAAUUUCAGAUUCAGAGCCAGAAUCUGAAACAUAUGCCAACUGGCUUGCAGAGGCUCCGUUUACAUGUCACAAUCCCAAGAGAAAAACGAUGAUUGUGGCCUAUCUGUGUGACAUCUUAUUACAAAACAAGGCAGUAUUACGACAUUUGGAGAACUCAUCCGAAUUAAUUCACAACUGUAAAAAGGAACGCAUUCAAAAUGAUGUCAAAAUUCGAAAACUACGAAUGGUUUUAGCUCGUCGUGCCGUAGCUUCUGCGUGUGAAGGUGGUGAAGAGAAGCCAGCAACAGCGGAAGAAACCCCACCACCACCCCCACUAAUUGAAGAAGAAGAAGAUAAAUUAUCAAUGGAAGAAUUGAAAUCAAAAAUGUCUCAUUUGCAAAACACGAAUGAAAAAUUAAAGAAACAAAUGCAGUUAAAUUUUAAAAAUAUUCGAACCCCAUGCAUUGGACAAGAUCGAUAUCGACGAAGAUAUUGGAAUUUACCUCAUUCUGGUGGUUGUUUCGUUGAGGGUGGAAUUAGUUCAGAAUUUGAAGACUUGAAACAAUUAGUUAAAUUAAAAUUUGAGAAAAAUACUCUUAAUAAUGAAGAUGAAGACGAAAACGAAGAAAAUGUCGCUCCUCCUGCUCCUCCCCCUCCCCCCACUGCAAAAGUAGAAGGAGAAGGAGACCCACUACUACCACCGCCACCAGUUGGUGUUGCUCCCUUUGUACUACAAGUUCCACCCCCUUGCAUAAAAAUAUUUUCCUUUGGUAAAGAUUCCCUGUGUAGUGGGAAACGUCCACUGUCGGAUCGAAUUAAAAAACCUGGACCAACGGAUGAUGAAUUAUUAGUUAAAAAAAUUAAGAAGCAACUUUGGAAUGGGUACUUCUAUUUGGAUGACGUUGACGAUUUUUCGGCCACCCUUGUGGAAAAUGGAUUAAGAGAGAAAGAUUUAAAAUCUGCCCUACAAUCCGUUGAAAUUAAGAAAAAAGUACCAAAAUUUGAAGAUACGGAAAAUAUGGAAGGAGAAGAAUUUUAUGAUAUCGGAGUCGAUCCAGACCUUGUUUACAGGAUUCAUUUGGGAUUAAUUGAAACUUUGGAAGGAUUAGAGGAGCGUGUUGCUGGUGCAUCUUUACAAGUAAAGAAUUGGACGUUGCCCCUCCCAAGAAAUCUUCAUCUCUCUACCACGACUUUAAAACAAUCUGAAAUUGUGUCUUUAGUAAAAGAACGAUUAUUGGAUUUGGAAACUGCGGUUGAACGACGUUAUUUGAAACCACCUCUUGGGAAAUCAGCUAAUGAACUAAAUCUCUCAAACUUGGUUGGUGAAGAUAAUGCAAGCGCUUUAGCGGGUGGGGAACAAUUAAUCGGUCCAUGCGGGUCUACCAGUUCAACCAGAGGACAGCAAAUUCAAGAAAAUAAUAAAAUGAAAGAAAUGAAAGAAAAAGAAGAAAGAUUACAAGCUGCGAAUGAAUCCAAAAAUUCUUGCAGUCGCUUUCUAACACAUUGGCGUGAUUCAGUGCGUAAAACAUCCUCCCCCUCAGUUUUAUCGAUGGCAAUUUAUUUAUUGGACUCAUCAAUUGCAUGGGAUAAAUCUGUAAUGAAGGCAAGUUGUCAACUUUGCAAAGGGGGCGAUAAUGAAGACAAAUUACUGCUUUGUGAUGCGUGUGACCGUGGGUAUCACACGUACUGUUUCAAACCACCACUGGAACAAAUACCUGAUGGGGAUUGGUUCUGCUGGGAAUGUAUCAAUAAAGCGACGGGAAAUAGAGGGUGCAUCGUUUGCGGAAAAGGGAAUCUACAGGGAAAGAAACUUUUGGCAUGCGAUAAAUGUGUAAAAGCAUUUCAUACGGAUUGUAUUGUUCCAAACGUGGUAAAAGUUCCACGUGGUCGUUGGUAUUGUCCAGAUCAUCAACCAUCCCAGACCUCAUUCUCAUCUACUGCGAUUGCAAAUAAAAAACCAGACUCUUCUUCAGCUUCCUCUUCUCCAAAAAAGAGUAAAAAAGCAAUGAGCGAGUCACACCGACCCGUCACACCUCCCGUACAGCAGAGUCAAAUUGUGCCACCUCUAAUUAUUUCAAUGGCGACGAUUCCAAUGGAAAUUGAGCCUACAACUCCACAACAACAACCAGAAUCUCCACAAAAGGAAUGCCCUUUAACUCCACCCCUCCCCCCGCCACCCCCACUAAAGAAAACUAAAAAACAGAAGAAAGAAUUGGAAUGGUGUGAAAAAAUUCUAGAUGAUCUAAUGGGUCAUGAAGAUGCUUGGCCUUUCUUAGAACCCGUAAAUACCAGACAAUUCCCUACUUACAGGAAGGUAAUAAAGACACCGAUGGACCUCUCUACUAUAAAGAAGAAUCUCCACACGACUUACAAAUCACGUGAUUGUUUUUUGACCGACGUUCGUCUAAUAUUUGAUAAUUGUGAAACAUUCAACGAAGACGAUUCUCCAGUUGGGAAGGCAGGACACAACCUCCGAGUUUUCUUCGAAUCUAAAGAAAAUUACUUCAAUUCCUGUGAGAGCAAUAAUUAAGCUCACUCUCUCAUUAAUGAAUUAUUGUGGUUGAUGGUGGAAUUUCAGCAGUAUUUUAUCGUUAUUUUGUUGUUUUGUUUUGUGAGUUUUUUUGUAAAAUCGUUUUUUAUUGCUCUGAAAAAAUAAAUAUAAAAUUUAUGUUAAUCUUA